UAGUUGUAUUUGCAUUUGGCUUCGAUUUCAUCCUGUUUUGUGCUUAGGCUUGAAGCAUGGUUCCAGACAUAGAGAGAAUUAUUGAGAGCAUCGUCCGCAGAGACCAGGACAGCGUGCAGCUUCUGCUCAACAGCUACAACACACAGUAUGCAGAGUGCUUCUUUUUCAACACUGAGGCACAGGAAAGGCGAAAGCAGCAACAACUGGAAGAGUUCAGGAAGAAGAAAUUCAGGGACUGUGCUCCUGCGUCCGACUCUGACAUUGACUCAGAUGAUGAGAAUGCAGAGCUUCUGCUCCGGCAGGAUCUGUCUGCAGCCCUGUUGUGCUUCAUUGGUAGUCAGCUACAGCCGGCGGUUUUACGGGUUUGCCUGCAUACGCUGCGUAUCCUGUCCCGUGACCGUAGGGCCCUGGGGCACAUGGUCACUGAUAGUGCCCUUCUCACAUUAGCACACAUGGGAGGCAUCGCCAUACCACAGACAUCCCUACAGCAAGAAAAUAAGGAAGCUGAAGAUCACGUGGGCAGAUCAUGCAGCACAACCCUGAUUAGAGCUGUGAGUAGUUGUGAGCAGGGUGCAGAAGCUGGCACUGCCCCGUCUGGGUGCUCUGUGGUUUCAUUUUCUGUUCUUGCUGAAGGAGCUGUCUCUCCAGCCACAUGUGGUUCAGUGAAUCACUGCUAUCAGCAGAAACAUGAUGGAGAGCAUGUGACGCUGUCCCGUGGCAAAAAAGACACCCAACAAGAUAACAGUGAGGAACAAGAGAAGGAGGAGGAUGGAGAGGUGUGCAGGAAGGAAGCCUUGAAAGUCUUGUGUAAUGUCAUCUACAACAGCCCCCGGGCACAGGAGAGAGCCAGUGCACUAAGGCUAUUGCAAGGUUUGUGGGAGAGUCUGAAGGAGGAGAUCUGGAGUAAAGUGCCACUCAGCUGCCACUUCUACAAGCUGAGGCUACUCUUCUUACUGACAGCCCUAAGACCUGAACUCAGGCUGCAGCUGCAAGAGGAGCGGGGAGUGUCAGUGCUGACCAAAGCCUUGGAGCAGUGCCUGGCUGUGAGCUGGGGGGUGGAAUAUGAGGUGCUUACCGACGGUAAACAACCUCCCAUUUCCAUGGAGGUGUCCCAGAAGGUCAUUGAGAUCCUCAAGACACUCUUCAACAUCACUCACAUGUUCCACAGGCAGGAGCCUGAUGAGGAAGAUGCUGCCCUGUAUCGACACCUAGUGGCUGUGCUGCGCCAUUGUCUGCUCCUGUCAUGUGAAGGAGAAGACACAUUAGAAGAACUCCAAGGGCACACGGUGAAUGUCCUGUCAGCAUUGCCACUCACAUGUCUGGAUGUCCUGGUGUCUGUCCAGGUGGACCAAGCAUCCCAUAAGUGCGAGGGGGUCAACAUGGACUGUGUCCACAAAUUGUUGCUCUUUAUGAACAGACGGCUAAACAGGGCAAGCCAGUUGGUCCGCCUAAUGACCCACGUUGACACAGAUGUGAAGGAUUGUGCUGCUGAACUGCUGUUUGUGCUCUGCAAAGAAAAUGUCAGCCGAUUUGUCAAAUAUACUGGAUAUGGCAAUGCUGCAGGGCUGUUGGCAGCUCGGGGACUGCUUAAUGGUAGAAUGAGUUCUAGUAACAGCCAGUACUCCAGCGACUCAGACUCAGACACAGAAGAGUACCGAGAGGCCAAAGCCAAGAUUAACCUGGUGACAGGCCGGGUAGAAGCAGACCAGCCUGAUCCAAUGGAGGGCAUGACGGACGAAGAGAAAGAAGAGGAGGCACGUCACCUCAUCAGUAUGAUCAACAGACUGUCACGUGAACAAAUCAUUCAGCCAAUGGGUGUGACAGCAGAGGGCAGACUGGCUCCACUUUGGGGCCAAAUGAGUGACUGCACGCUGGAAGAAGAGGAAGAGGAAGAAUUGAAUCUCAUGCCAGAGGGGGGCAAAGACAGUCAGAUGGAAUAGGAUGAUGUAAACAAAGAGCGAGGCAGAGAUGCUAACACACGUAUAUCCAGGGUUGGAAAGGUUACUUUUGAAAUGUACUCCACUACAGAUACAUGCCCCAAAAUGUUGUUUGCAAUGUAUUCUCUAAGUUACUCAGUGUGAGUAAUGUAUUCUAAGUACUUUGGAUUACAUAAUAUUGUCAUGCUUUUUACAACUACGUAAAUGUACUAUUACUGAAGGCUACUCGCAAACGAGCUAACAUUGCUAGCUGGUGUUAGCUGGGGUUAGUUCAUAGACUGCAUUCAGAAGUGCACAUUUGAAGCUAGCAGGUUGUUAAUGCUAUCCAGCAAGUCUAACAGUCUAUGAACUAACCUCAGCUAACGCCAGCUAACAAUGUUAGCUUGGUGGCAAGUAGCCUUCAGUAAUAGUAGUAAAUCACACAGCAAUAGUACAUCGAAGAUACUAAAGUGGCACAUAAUCCAGGUAGCUACCAGAACUAAAACAAGCUAGCUGCAGUAGGCUAAUGUUAGUUUUUUUUUAAAACAACUUACUUCCAGAUGUUUCUUUAGGUUGGAGUCUUUUGACACUGAGAGCAGAUUGGUUGCUGGCAAACAAAGUUUGCAUUGCACGCUCAGAUUUCACCCAUCCCUUUCUUCUGUAACUGUAAAUUGGUGAUUGCGCUGGCUCCGGGUCAAUUGUGUAACUGAGGCCACCAACAUUAACAGGACACUUACAUUAGAGCCUCUAAUUGUGUGUUUUGUUGGAGAAUUAGAGAGGGGAUAGCCUAACAUAUGAAACAGGAAAAGACUGCCAUGUAAUCCAUUUAUUUCAACAAAGGACCUGCAUUCUAAUUAUCACCUUUUAAACGGUAACUGUAAUGGAAUACAGUUACUCAUAUUUUGUAUUUUAAAUAUGUAACGCCGGUACAUGUAUUCCAUUACUCCCCAGCACUCCCCAACACUGCACAUAUCUGUGUUGAAGAUCAUUGUUAAAGAGAGAUAAUCCAUAAAGUGAAGGUUAUCAGUCACUAGAUGGCGAGUGAGCUGAAUUUGUUUCCUAUGUUACUUUGUAUUUUACUAUUUUAUAGUAACUCUGUUAGCAGCUUUGUAAAAAUAGUUUUUUUUGUAGAACAUGGUAAUGUGUUAUUGAAUGUGGAAAUUGUGUAAUGUAAGCUGUAUCAUCCUAUAAUACUGUACAAAUCAUUACAGUCAGUACACACGCAGAACUGCAGCAUCUGAUCCAUUUAUAGAAGGCUUGCAUCCUAACAGUUGAGGUAUUGUUUGGAUUCUAAAAGGCACAUGAAGUAUCUUAGAUUAGCUGUACUCAAAGACGAGUGUAUAAACAUACAAUGCUGUCAUGUCUCUUUUCUUUCUUUGUCUUUUUUUGGCUAUUCCCUUUAGCGGUUGACGCAGUAGAUCAUCUCCCUUUAUGCCACCCGAUCCCUAGCAUACUUUUCUCUCACACAAACCCUUUGCCUGUCCUCCUACAUCCACUACAUCCCCAACCUCCUAUGAAGGCUUUCUCUUUGCUUCCUGCAUGGAUCCUUUGUCCAAUAUAUCCACUAUCCCUCCUCUGAACAUAUCCAGACAAUCUCAGUUUUGCUUCUCUUACUCUGUCACCAAACCGCUCAACCUGAGCUGUCCAUCUGAUAUACUGAUUUUGUCCUCCUGAUCACUCUCAACGAAAAUUUUAACAUCUUCAGCUCUUCCCCCUCCAGCACCUCCUUUGGUCAGUGUCACAAUCUCCAAACCAUACAUUGUAGCAGGUCAUGACUGCCCCUGAUGUCAUCUCCACCCACUCAACCCUGCAUGCCUGCGUCUCUCCUUCACCUCUCUUGGGCACAGUCCCUUGCUUUGGAUGGGAGACCAGGAAUUUAAACUCAUCUACCAUAACUGCCACUACUUGUUGUAGCUUUGCUGUUACACCUGUGCCCUUCACAUCAUCAUUCUCACACACCAGUAUUCUGUCUGGCUCUGUUGACUUUCAUUCCUCCUCUCUUAGAGAAGAGAAAUUAAAAUGUAGCAUACUUUCACUUGUCCAGGUUUCAGAAUUGGAAUACUUUAUUAGUUAUUAUUAAUUAUUAUUAAGGAAAUUAUGUAUGUUAUGUUUCAAUUACAUAUAGUCUAUGGAGACUAUAUGUACAUCAUCUUUACAUCAACUUUACAUCAUCUGCCAACCUAUUCAUCACCAUUGCAAAUAGGAAAGAUAAUCCCUGAUGUAAUUGCUCCCCCACUUUGAACCAAUCUGUCACUCUUGCUGGACACCUCACCAACGUCCCACUGUCCUUAUACAUGUCCUAUACCAGCCACACAUACCUCUGCCCCUCCUGGCUUCCUCAUGUAGUUCCUAUCCUAUGCUUUCUUUAAAUCCACAAAGUCACAGUGACGCUACCUCUGACCUUCUCUAUACUUCUCCAUCAACACUCUCUCAAAACAAACAUUGCAUCUGUAGUGCUCAUUACUCACUAUAAGCCUUCUCCUUUGCUGUACACCCAGCAUUACAACACUCCUGUCUACUUUUUUCAUCUCCCUGACUCCCCCACAUUUGUUUGCUAACCUCUUCCUUUGAGUACUUUGCUGAAAUACAAAAUAAAUAAUAAUAAAUACAUAAA